AUGGUGCUGGCCCUCAUCCUGGUGCCCCGACCCUCCCUCUCACUGCUCCCCAGCCAGGGGGUGUCCCUGGGGGACUCUGUCACCCUGCGCUGCCACCUGCCCCAGACAGCUGCCUGGAUCCAGCUCUGGUUUAAUGGAACUCUGAGAUCUGACAAGGAAAAAGACGAGGAGCACAAUACAGUUGAGUUCUCCUUGGUUGUCACAAACCUGGAAGACGCGGGGACAUAUCAGUGUCGGUACCAGGUGUCAGAGCCACUGUGGACAUCGAGUAUGAGUGACCCCGUGGAGCUGGUGGUGACAGGUGCCAUCCCAUGUGAAUGUGGUUGUGGCGGUGGUGAGGGGCUGCGCUGCUGUAUUCGUCUUCUGCCUGGGCCUCUACUUUGUGCUCGAUGCCCGCAGCUUCUGGAUGCAGAGAGGUGUCCCCCCAGGAAUGCCUGAGGCCGUAGAGAUCCAGGUAAGUGCCUGUGUUAGUGGACCCCAAAUCCCAACCUGCCCCUUGGGGCCCACACUGGACAUCACCAUGGAAACCCAAAUCCUGUCCAUGGGGACCUCAAAUGACCCCCAACCCCAUAUGGCUCACCCUGACAUUUAUGUGCACCACCUGAAUCCACACCAUGGGAAUCCCCUAUCUGAAUUGCGGGGAAUCCCCCAUCCCACAGUUCUAAAUACCCAGGCCCACUGAAGCCCUACAAGCCUUAAACACCCCUGUUGAGAAGCAAGUUGCUCGGCAGCACGUAGCUACAUUUACUAAUGAUUUAUGAUGUAAUGAGGUAAUCCCUAGAUACGUGGAAUGUGGUGUUUCCACUGUGUUCUAGUAUAUUCCAGUGUAUCCAUAGUAUUCUGUAUCCAUAGUGCUGUAGUUAACAACAUAUCCCAUAUAUGGAGAUUACUCAGGUAACGAUAUUGUUAGCGUGCGCGUUGCAUAGAGCUUGUAUCCCUGGACCCUGUAUCCCUGGAAGCAUAUAUGCUAUAUAAGAUGGUGUGUUGCUACAAUAAAAUUGGACGCAUCUCAUAUUGAGUUGAUCAUGCGUUCCCCACGCGAGUACCGGUAGGACAACCCUUUGGGGAUACCGGGGUGUUCCCCAACAUUUGGCGCCCGAACAGGGACUAACGAGGACAGGAGUUUACUGGACAGGGACCCUACCCAGGGAGUGUGUUAGGCGGACCGCAUAAACCCCGCUGCAUUUUAGCAGCAGGGGUUUUUUUAGGUUUAACCGGGGUGGACCGGCAGUUGCGGGACCGCGAGGCAGUGGCCGGCCAGAGAACCCCUCUCUUCGCACUGGAUUAGGCGUGCAUCACGUCGCGAGGAUGGAGCGGGAGGUAGCCCAACAGCUUUUAUUGCGCUUUUUAGAAAAGCAGUUGCUUUCGUUACGCUUCUCAGAAAAGCAGGAUUCAGUGGGUGCAUUUUUGCACACCGGGACAUUGUUUAAUGUUGAGGAGUGGCGAAAGAUGGGCAAUAUGCUAUGGGUAUGGGAUCACGUGAUUGAUGAUCGUAAAGAGGCAGAGAAGUUAAUGAAACCGUGGCGAGAAAUUAUUAAUUGUAUUAAGCGCCACAAAGUGGAACAGGAUGUUGCGGAUCAAGCAGCUAAGCAGCUGGGCUUAGCAACACCUGUGGUGCAGGGGGGUACUCAGGAUCGGCCGUACCCUUCCUUAGGCAUACCUGUUUCGGUGAAAAAUAUGGAUAGUAUUGUUCCCUCUGCUCCUGUUACUGCUGUUGCAGGGGACCCUGAGUCCGAAUCCGCUUUGUUUCCCCCAGGAGAGGGUAAUGGAGAUUUACCCCCUCCUUUGCCUCCACCCCCGCCUUCUCCCAAUGAGGUGUGUUUGUCCGGGGGCGCAACCUCUGCCUUAUUGGUUGGUUGCCCAAAAUGGGCUAACAUAGCUCGGCAGGCGGUGGGAUACGGAGUUGCAGUGCACCGUGGAUAAACGGGUAGCGCACUGGUUACUUACCUGCUUUUUACAAAAGCGAAUGGGCUUUUUAUUCUCUCUAAGAGAGGUGAAGCAGUCCGAUCAAAGGACUUGGAGCAGUUGCUGAGCUGGGCUAAGGCUCAGGGCUGCAUGAAAGAAGUGGAGAAAGUAUUGUGACUCUUAUGAGUCAGUUUUGCUUGGGAACUAUGGGGAGCUCUUUAGUGAAGGAACAA